AUGUCGGCUACAGCUCGAGCAAAGCUUGCCGAACUCAAAGCCCUUCGUGCCUCUGGCAAGAAGCGACUGUCCACCUACGAAGUCGAAGACCAGGGAUCCAUAUACGACGAAGUCGACGAAGAAGGUUACAAAAAGGUUGUUCGGAAACGGCUUGAUGAGGACGACUUUGUUGUUGACGACAAUGGCGAGGGGUACGCAGAUGAUGGACGCGAAGUUUGGAACGAGGACCGAGUAGAAUAUAGCGACAGCGAAGAAGAUGAUGACCUCCCCGCCAGAGGAAAGGCAGCAAAGAGGAAACGAGAACAAGAGAAACAGCGAAAAGAGAAGAUUAACAAUGGUAUCUCAAAGUAUUUCAACACGAGCAGUGCUCUGACUGCGCCAAAGCCAAAGCCUGUUGCAACAGCCGAAGAUGAAGCCUUCAUGGCAGAUCUCUUGGGUGACGUUGAUACCAAUAUCCUACCCUCUCGAGUACCGACAAAGAAUAUCAUCAAAUCCGAGACCCGACGCAAAGUCCGUAUUCUGUCACCCCCUCUUUCGGAGAAGUCAAAACUCUCAAAGUCACGCAUGCGGGGUAAAGGCGAGGACACUCCUAUUCCGCGCAAGCAAGACAUCGAUAUUCCUGACUAUGACGAUGAUGACGGUACGCUGGCAUUGGGUGGUGACGAUGACGAGAAUGUCCCAAUGAGUGACGCCGCUCUUCCCUCGUCCCCAAUAUCAAAGGCUGUUGAAAGAAAAUCAUACAAGAAUGAGCAGGACACUAUCAAAGAAGAGGAUGAGGAUGAAGAUAUGAUGGACGUGGCUCAAGCAACUGGACACCAUGACAGCAAAUCUUCUAGUGUCAACAUGACAGGAAGCAAGCCACCGCCAAAGAUCAAGAAACUACCAUACCCUUCACCAUCGAGUUCCUCGCCACCACGUGCUCCCGCCGAAGUGGAGGCAACAUGGGAUAAUGUGACAAGCAAACUCAACGUUCUCAGUAGUCCCGCAACAGAAAAUAUUGGCUUCGGCAAAGUGAGAGCACAGGAUGUCAUUGAAGAAGACGGCAGCGUUCAGUUCUUCUGGCUUGACUAUACCGAGGUCAACGGCAGUUUAUGUCUCUUUGGCAAGGUCAAAAACAAAAAGACUGGCUCUUAUGUCAGCUCCUUUGUCAAGGUUGACAACAUUCUUCGCAAACUCUUCUUCCUACCCCGUGAAAACCGCGUCAAGAAUGGACAUGUUACCGACGAAGAAGUCGACAUGGAAGAUGUCUACGAGGAAGUCGAUGGGAUGAUGACAAAGCUCAAAGUUGGCAUGCACAAGAUCAAACCAUGCACCCGCAAGUACGCAUUUGAGCUUCCAAACAUUCCUAAGGAAGGGGACUAUUUGAAGCUUCUUUACCCAUAUGACAAACCAGUUCUACCUAUGGAUACCACGGGCGAGACUUUUUCGCACGUAUUCGGUACCAACACAGCACUUUUCGAACAAUUCGUCUUGUGGAAACAUGUAAUGGGCCCUUGCUGGCUUAAGAUUGGAGAAGCAGACUUUUCAGCAGCUACCAACGCUUCUUGGUGCAAGUUUGAAUGUCAAGUCUCAAAACCCAAUACAAUCACCACAAUUCCAGACUCGGAAUUGGAAACCCCUCCUUUGACCUUAAUGAGUUUGUCUUUCAGAACUCAGCUUAAUGUGAAAGAAAACAAACAGGAAAUUCUAGUCGCAAGUGCUCGUAUCUACGAAAAUGUCUCCCUACCCGAGACCACACCUCCAGAAAAAAUGCCUUGCAAAACUUUCACAGUCAUGCGUCCUUCGGGAACAUCCUAUCCUAUUGGCCUCGAAGCUGAAGUGAAGAAACAACGAGGGGUUUACAUGCUAGAGAAGAAUGAGCAAUUCCUUCUCAGCAAGUUCCUUGCCCUCUUCGAGCGAAUGGACCCUGAUAUCAUCAUGGGCCAUCAGCUUCAAGAGGUUGAUCUUGGAAUUUUGUUGAACCGAAUGAAGGAGAAGAAAACUCCGGGUUGGUCUCGAGUUGGUCGGUUGAAACGUACUGAAUGGCCUAAGAACUUCAACCGGGGAGGAGGCUUCUUUGCUGACAGACAUCUUAUCGCUGGUCGAAUGAUGUGUGAUCUCGCUAACGACAUGGGCAAGUCUCUCAUGGUCAAAUGUCAGUCGUGGACAUUGACCGAGAUGUGUCAGCUCUACUUGAGCGACGAUCACAUUCGAAGCGAGCUUGAUAAUGAAGCUGCGCUAAAGACCUGGGCUACGACCAAAGAAGGCUUGCUGAAAUACGUCACUCAUUGCGAGGCCGACACCUAUUUCAUCUCUGCAUUGGUAAUCCGCUUACAGAUGCUUUCUCUGACCAAGGUCCUUACCAACUUGGCCGGUAACUCAUGGGCAAGAACCCUCACCGGAACUCGCGCUGAGCGUAACGAGUACAUCUUGCUCCAUGAGUUCCACCGCAACAAGUAUAUCUGCCCAGACAAGUAUUCGAACAGACAGCUUAAAGCCCUUGAAGAGAAAGUGGACGACGAUGAUGACUCCACUGAUAAGAAAAAGAAGGAGAAGUAUAAGGGUGGUCUCGUUUUCGAACCGGAGAAAGGACUUUACGAUCGAUAUGUUCUGGUCAUGGACUUCAACAGUUUGUAUCCUAGUAUCAUUCAAGAGUUCAACAUCUGCUUCACAACGGUCGACCGAAGCUCAACUGCUGAGAAUGAAAAUGAAGAGCAAGUCCCAGAAGUCCCCUCGUCUGACCAAGAACAAGGCAUCCUGCCGCGUCUCAUUGCCAACUUGGUCACACGGCGUCGAGAGGUCAAGAAGCUGAUGAAAGACAAGAGGGCGACGACUGAACAACUAGCAUUGUGGGAUACCAAGCAAAUGGCCUUGAAGCUAACAGCUAACUCUAUGUACGGUUGUUUGGGUUACACACAAUCGCGGUUCUAUGCCCGUCCAUUGGCCAUGCUUACGACAUUCAAAGGCCGUGAGAUUCUUCGCAGUACCAAAGACCUCGCAGAGUCGAAACAGCUACGAGUCAUUUACGGUGAUACUGACUCUGUGAUGAUCAAUACCAACAUGGACACGAUCAGCGAUGCUCUAAAAGUCGGCGAGGAAUUCAAGGCGUCCGUCAAUGAACGCUACAAGCUUCUCGAAAUUGACAUUGACAAUGUCUUCCGCCGUCUGCUCCUUCACGCCAAGAAGAAGUAUGCUGCUAUCAAUAUGACCGAGAUCGAUGGCAAAUAUGUCGACAAGCUUGAAGUCAAGGGUCUCGAUAUGAAGCGUCGUGAAUACUGUGCUUUGUCUAAGGAGGUGUCGAAGAGACUACUUGAUGAGAUCCUUUCCGGUGAAGAUUCGGAGGUCGUGCUCAAUAAAGUACACGAUUACCUACGAGAUGUCACUGCUCAGAUGAAGGAAUACAAAAUUCCGGUGCAGAAAUAUGUUAUAUAUACAAAACUUUCCAAACGACCAGAGGAAUACCCGAAUAAGGAGAGCAUGCCUCCUGCCCAGGUUGCUCUUCGAGAAAUCGCUCGAGGCAAGACAAUCCGACCCAACGACGUCAUUGCAUACAUCGUGACAAGUGGUGACUCUGAAACUGCCAAUCUCCCGCCUCCGAAGAGAUCUUACACACUCCAGGAUGUUAUGAAGCCAGACUCGGAGCUCAAACCUGAUAUUGAAUACUACCUGCUCAAGCAGAUCUUCCCGCCGAUUGAGCGUCUCUGCGCACCAAUUCCUGGUACAGAUCCUGUCCGCAUUGCGGAAUGCUUGGGAUUAGAUGUUCGAAAGUAUCAGAUUAAUACAUCUCGUUCCAACAGUCAGCAAGAUGCGAAAAUUUACCCCUUGGAGUCACAAAUCCCCGACUCUAUACGCUUUGAACAUUCAGCCCGUCUCUCUCUCCGAUGCCGACACUGCGGCGAGUCCUCAGUUUUUGAGGGCUUAAGCUCAUCACCUAGAAUGUGCUCUCCACACGGUGUGGUAUGUCCGAAUGAGGCCUGCGCCAACGUCUUCUCAACAAUCUCCAUAGUCGCACAAGUGGAAAGCCAGAUUCGCGCACAAACGGCGAAGUACUAUGAAGGCUGGCUUGUAUGCGAUGACUCUUCCUGCGGCAAUCGCACCAGGCAAAUGAGUGUAUAUGGUCACCGCUGUCUGGGACCACGAGGACGUGCAGAAGGCUGCCUGGGCCGGAUGAAUUACGAAUACACCGAAAAGCAAAUGUAUAACCAACUCCUCUACUUUGCCGGUCUUUGGGAUGUCGAUAAGGCCAAGUCAGUUGCUGCAAAGGAGGCCAGUGACGCCAAAGACAAUAUCCAUGCCCUGGCUGAGUAUAACAGAGCAAGAUUCGCUACAGUCAAGGGAGUGGUUGAUGGGUAUUUGAAGAAGUGUGGUCGGCAAUGGGUCGAGAUGGAUACUCUGUUUAAAUUCAUGUUGGCUUAG